CGAUGCCGCACCAUACAUGGUGAAAGCUGGGCGAAUACUUCAAUCACUGUAAUCUAAAAUGAUACACUUAACAUGUCUCGCACACGGUAUCCAUAGAGUAGCCGAAAGUAUACGGGAAAAGUUUAAGAAAGUUGAUAAACUUAUUUCCAGGGUUAAACAGGUGUUCUUAAAAGCGCCUUCACGUGUUUUAGUGUUUAAAAGUGAAGCACCAGCCAUACCACUUCCACCAGAGCCAAUAAUAACUAGAUGGGGUACAUGGAUAAUGGCAGCUUCCUAUUACUGCAAAUAUUACAAGGAUAUACGUAGAGUAUUACUAAGUAUAAAUUCUGAAGAUGCAAUUUCUGUUAAAGAAGCUCAACAGUUAAUUCAAGAUCCCAAUAUGGAAGCUAAAUUAGUAUACAUACAUUCAAAUUUUGGAUUUAUACCGGAAUAUAUUACGAAACUUGAAACACAAUAUAUUUCACUAUCCGAAGCAUUAUCUGCAGUUAAAUAUGUCCAAAAUAAAUUAAACGACUGUGAGGGUGAAAUUGGUUUUGUGGUAUUUCAAAAAUUCAAUAAUGUAUUGGAGAAAAAUUGUGGAUUUAAAACGAUACUUAAUAUUUCAAAAAUAUUAAGUGGACAAGAAAGUUCAAUGGAAGGUCUUCCUGAUGAUUUGACCGGUGACGAUAUUACUUACUUCAAAUAUGCGCCGAUUACGUCAACUGAUGUUGAACGUAGUUUUUCAAGGUACAAAACUUUGCUCGUGGAUAAUCGGCGAUCUUUCAAUUUUAAAAACAUUAAAAAAAGUUUAGUGGUCCAAUGUAACACUUUGGAAGGUAUAUAAAUAUAACUCGAC